UUAGUACCUCAAAAAGGAAAAAGCAAAAAAGCUCUGAUUUUUUUCCCAUAAGCUACCGUCCACCGCCCUUCAUGGCUGAGCAGUACCAGCUGCAGCAACGCCCCACAGAGGCCGUCAAAAGCUUCCUUCCUCAGAAGGGUCCAUCAACUUCACAUGUGUUAGCAGUUGUCACGCUGCUCCCACUUGGGGGAGUCCUGCUGGGCCUUUCCGGGCUGAUUCUCGUCGGAACGCUCAUCGGGCUGGCGGUGACAACCCCGCUUUUCGUUAUCUUUAGCCCCAUUUUGGUCCCAGCUGUAUUUACCCUAGGGCUGGCCCUGGCCGGGUUCUUGACCUCCGGUGCUUUCGGGAUCACUGCACUUGCUUCAUUGUCGUGGAUGCUGAACUACAUCCGACUCAUGAAGGCGUCUUCCCAGGAGCAAAUGGACCUCGCAAAGCGGCGCGUGCAGGACACUGCCGGCCAAGUUGGUCAGAAAGGGAGAGACGUGGGCCAGAGAACUCAAGAUGUAGCUAGAGCAUGAGCUCGUGAAGUGGGCUUUGUGUCACGAGCUCGGCCCAAUUUUGUAUUGGGUUUUGAUGUUCGUUAUGUUUCUGAUCCUUGUUAAUCUUGCCUAUGGCUUUUAUA